GCGUUUGCGGGGGGCGGGGUAGAGGUGACGUACUGCACUUGUUUAUCUGCUCCAUCAACUCCCUAUCUUCUGAUACCGCAUCUUUUGAGACACUCCGCAUCUUUGACCGCUUACGUUUUCAUAGCCCUGUAGCUUAAGUAGUAGCAUGCUCCUUCAUAAAUAAAUCAAGUAGUCCGACUAAACCCGCCUAACCCUAAUGAGCAAAUCGAAUUUCAGAAUUGUCAUUAGGUCAGUUGAAACCAAUAAACAACAAUUACAACGGAUUUAGAUAACGUUUAAAAGUAAGCACUUUUAGGUCUAACCAGCGAUCCAGGCAGUAAUCUAUCUAUCGAGACAUUUCAACCUCCCCGCUGUCGUGUUCGCUUGACAUUUUUGGAAUUGUUUCCGACCCAGAAAUAAAGUUCCAUUACUUUUACAGCCUCGUUUUGAUGAACACCAUGAUUCUUGUCCACGUGCUUACCUUGUUCCUGCUCAAGUUGAUUACCAGCAAACCUCUCGGCAGCAACAGUUGCGAGAUUAAAAGACAGGACAUCUGCUCCGAACUGGGAUACGACUACACCUCCUUCCCCAACCAACUGGGGCACUCAACACAAGAGGAGGCGUACGCGGCGUUUAAGAACAAGUACUUGUACCACAACUACCUUGACGGACAUGCUGGUUGCCAUAGAGACCUCAGGAACCUGAUGUGCUUUCUCUACUUUCCCAGAUGUCCAGGGAACAGUCCGCCCGCCUCACCUACCAACUUUCCUUGUAAAGAUAUGUGUACUGACGUUAGAAACAGUUGUGAGAAGUUUCUGGAACCUUCUUACACGUGGGAGUUUAACUGCAGUCUGAUAGAAGACGGGCAGGACUGUGUCAGAAACAGGAGAGAUUUACAACAGGACGCUACAGUUCCAUCACCUACACUACAACAGGAGAAGAUCACGUGCCGAUACGACCAGUUCCGAUGUGCGGAUAACAAAGGUUGUAUUCCUCUAACUCAGAGAUGUGACGGACUUAUAGAUUGCAGUGAUAUGAGUGAUGAAACAAAAUGUGGGUAUUGUAGCAGUAACGCGUAUCAAUGUGACAAUGGAAAGUGUGUUAAUCACCUGCAGACUUGUGAUGGGUACGACAACUGUGGGGACGGUAGUGAUGAGCGCGAGUGUGGAAGACCCAACUUGAUACACUCUUUAAUAGAAGAUAUGCUAUCUUGUGACUGCAGUGACAACCAAGCUCUCCUACCUUCAUAUACCGACAUCUGCAUCACUCAAACUAUAUUAAAGGUGCGUGUGAUAGAAGUUAAGUCUAAUAAACUGAACUACAAGUACAAGUUCAGAGUGGAGAAGGUUUUGAAGGGAGACAGAGCUUUUACUGGCAAAAAAGCAACGUAUGAAAUAAGGAAAGUAGACGGGUGUGACUGCAAGAAGAAGAAGUACCACAGGAAGAAACAACUGUUCGUAUCGGGACAAAUAACAUCGUUCAGGAAAAAGAAGAAAACAGCGCUGAGGAUAUCUGAGGCGAGUGACGGUAGUUUUGUAGUUCCAAUUAACCUGGUGAACGGCAGCGACUUCAAACGUAAUAUUAAAGACUGUAGAAUCUACUCCAGAAACUUUUCCCGGUCCCUGGCUAGGUGACCUUAUUAAGUAAAGUUACCAUGGUAACAAUACUAUAGUGUAUAACAAUAUAGUAGUGUUGCCAUGGUGAUAAUACCUUAUAUGGUAGUGUUACCGAGUCACUGUCUCGACUGAAGAUUAAACAGAAGACAUUGCGUUACAGUUCUAAAGAUUGAGAUCAGAGUUUUAUGAGUGAUGAAAGGUUUCAGAGUUAAUUGAUACUUAAAUAUAACAUGACCUAAUAUUAUGGUAGUGUAACCAUGGUAACAGUACCUAAUGUGGUAGUGUUACCAUGGUAACAAUACCAAAUAUGGAUGUAAUUGAGAGCCUUGUUAUCAGGUUAACACUAAUUGUUUCAUUUCAUAUCCCUGAAUGCGGGAAUCAAAUGAUAAUACCCUUUAAGUAUUUUGUAUUGAACUGCAGUUCUUAAAUUGUAUAGCUGAAUUGCGGUUAAAUUAUAUUUAUUAACAACAAUUAUUCAUCUUAUCGGUUGUAAUACGUGCAUAAUAGCGUGUAAAAUUUUAGCCGUAUGAAUUUUGUUGCAUAUCAACCGAUAAAGUAAGUAAUAAUUUACAUGAUCAAUGGUAACCUGGUUGAAUAAUUACUAUAACUAUGGUUACCAAGUAUUUAGGUAUCAUAUGUUACCAUGGUUACCAAGUAUUUAGGUAUCAUAUGCUACAAUGGUUACCAAGUAUUUAGGUAUCAUAUGUUACCAUGGUUACCAAGUAUUUAGGUAUCAUAUGUUACAAUGGUUACCUCACUUACCAGGUAUUUAGGUAUCAUAUGUUAUCAUGGUUACCAGGUAUUUAGUUAUUAUAUGUUACCAUGGUUACCAAGUAUUUAGGUAUCAUAUGCUACAAUGGUUACCAAGUAUUUAGGUAUCAUAUGUUACCAUGGUUACCAAGUAUUUAGGUAUCAUAUGUUACCAUGGUUACCAAGUAUUUAGGUAUCAUAUGUUAUCAUGGUUACCAAGUAUUUAGUUAUUAUAUGUUACCAUGGUUACCAAGUAUUUAGGUAUCAUAUGUUACAAUGGUUACCAGGUAUUUAGGUAUCAUAUGUUACCAUGGUUACCAGGUAUUUAGGUAUUAUAUGUUACCAUGGUUACAAAGUAUUUAGUUAUUAUAUGUUACCAUGGUUACCAGGUAUUUAGGUAUUACAUGUUACCAUGGUUACCAAGUAUUUAGGUAUCAUAUGCUACAAUGGUUACCAAGUAUUUAGGUAUUUUAUGUUACCAUGGUUGCCAAGUAUUUAGGUAUCAUAUGCUACAAUGGUUACCAAGUAUUUAGGUAUCAUAUGUUAUCAUGGUUACCAGGUAUUUAGGUAUUAUAUGUUACCAUGGUUGCCAAGUAUUUAGGUAUCAUAUGCUACAAUGGUUACCAAGUAUUUAGGUAUUUUAUGUUACCAUGGUUGCCAAAUAGCUACGUAUUUAUCAAGUAUUUUAGGUAUCUUAAUGAUUUAUUAUUGACUAGUUGAUUGUUACAUCAGUAAUUAUUUUUAUUUGAUUUUAU